AGAGAACAAGAGCAUUAUAAGAAAAGACCCUCUGAUCCCUUUAACACACUUCAUUCUUAUCUGUACUGUAGCUUGUACAGAAGACAUGAGCACAAACCUAAUUGACACUACAAGAGCUCAACACUGACCACAGCAACAGAUCAGUGCAUGCUUUCCUCCAAUCAGCUUUUAAGAGUGUGCAGAUGAUGCUUCCCAUUCUGGCUUGAGAUAUACCACAGUGCAAAGUCUGCAAUCCACACACUUUCACUGUACUAACUGAGAGGAGAGCUUAAUGCAGCAGCUCUACAAUAGCUGCUGGCCAGUUUCAUAACUGCCUGCAGAAAAAAUACAGAACAUGUAAAUGGCUGAUGCUUAAAUAAUGCAUUCCAGACAGCCUCACAUUAUUGCUAGGGUGCAGAAGGGGUUAAUUUCAUUCUUUUCAAGUGACGGAACAUGUUCUGCUGUUCGCUGCGUUCCCUGAAUCGACCUGGCUCGCUUGGAGAAGACUUGGAGUUAUCUCAGCUUUUUCUAUUGGGGUCUAUAAAAUCUGAAUGAAAGAAAUUACAUGGUGAAAAUAAUCAGACAAGCUUACUGAAUCUUACUGCUUCAUGCUACCUCAGACAUCUGCUUUACUAAAUCUGCAAUGAUGUCUGACAUGAAAUCAAACUGGACAACAAAUCUCAGCUAUGAAUCCUCUUUAAACCUGGACUAUGAUGCUUCCCAAUCACAAGAACCUGUAAUGUCUAGGACAGGACACACGGUGGUAGCCAUCUUUCUUGGAUUUAUUCUUGUCUUUGGGUUUCUGAACAACUUCAUUGUGUUGGUUCUGUUCUGCAAAUUCAAAACACUGAGAACACCUGUCAACAUGAUGCUGCUAAAUAUCAGUGUCAGUGACAUGCUAGUGUGUGUGUCUGGUACAACACUGAGUUUUACAUCCAGCAUUCAAGGUGAAUGGAUUGGUGGAGAUUAUGGUUGCCAGUGGUAUGGAUUUGUCAAUUCUUGUUUUGGUAUUGUGUCACUCAUCUCAUUGGCUAUCCUCUCAUAUGAACGCUACACUACCCUGACCUUGUAUAAAGGGGGUGCAACGUUUACAAAAGCACUGCUUGCUGUGGGGAGCACAUGGCUUUAUUCACUGAUAUGGACAGUGCCACCUCUACUUGGAUGGAGCAGCUAUGGAAAGGAAGGUGCAGGCACCAGCUGUUCAGUACGCUGGACGUCUGAAUCUACAAAGACCAUAUCUUAUAUCAUCUGCCUUUUUAUCUUCUGCCUAGUCAUUCCAGUCCUAGUUAUGGUAUACUGCUAUGGCAGACUACUUUGUGCUGUGAAACAGGUCGGAAAAAUAAGAAAGUCUACAGCCAGAAAAAGAGAGUACCAUGUACUUUUUAUGGUGCUCACCACAAUCGUCUGCUACUUGAUUUGUUGGAUGCCUUACGGUGUGGUUGCCCUGCUCGCUACCUUUGGAAGACCUGGAGUGGUGACACCAGUUGCCAGUGUGAUACCGUCCAUUCUGGCCAAAAGCAGUACUGUACUCAAUCCACUAAUCUACAUUUUUAUGAAUAAGCAGUUCUACAAAUGUUUUCUUCUGCUUUUCCACUGCCAUCCUUCUUCGCCUAUUGAUGGAAAGUCUCUGUGCCAAUCAAAUCUAACAGUAAUUCAAAUAAACCAAAGACUAAACGGCACUGUGAUUGAUACAAAACAAACUCAUAUACCAGGCAAUGCAGAGAAGGUUCCGUGUCUACUAAGUAAGGACAAAGUGAGCAUAUCUGACCCAUCACCACAAAUCUCAAAAGAAAAUUCUGUUUUGUGAAUGCCAUCAUUUAACCCAAAAAACAUUUAUUUUUAUUUUACUUAACCAAAGAACUAAAACCUGUAUGUAGUGAUGAAAGAUGUAUGUAGUGAUAACGUACUAUGUAAUGAUACACAUAUGGGUCAUUGACAUAUACAGUCAAACUGUUUUCAAAAACUUCUAAAAGUUGAUAUCAAGGUAUGAUUGCAUGUCAGUCUAUUGACACAACCAGACCUUAUGAAGUCUCAAUAUUCCCCAAUAAAGGGGCUAUACACAAAUGAUCACAUUUUGAGAUCUAUGCUACAGAAUAAAAAAUGUGUCAGCAGCAGUAAAGUCUGUUUAAUACCAUACAGUAUAAAAUUGGUUUGUUAUAUCGAUAUGGGGAUGCAAUACCAGGUUUCUCUAAAAGACGAGCUGAAAAGCUUUUGCUAACUCUUUGAGCCAACUCUUUCUGAAGCAAACCACAUUUCUUAAAAAAAUCAUUUAGCAUAACUAGGUAAGGUGAAACAGCAGCUUGAAUGAAACCCCUGCAAUGCUUGUUGUUCCAAUGCAGAUAAAGUGUGUUUUGGAUAGACAAGACAUUUGCAUUGGUAGCCAAUGUGUUUUAAAUGUGACUUACAGUAUAAAGGUACCAUGAUGGUGUUACACUACAGUCACUAUCUUACUUUCUCUACUGAGAAUAUUGAAGUAUUGCAAGGAGCAAAGAUCUAAGCACAAAGUACAGUACCCAUAGCAGCCAAGUAAAAUCCAUGCUGGUAUGACUUUAAUUAAUGGGAUGCUGACUGAUUGCUGUGGGUUUAUGUACUGUGCUUACACUCUUUAUUUAAUAUGUCUGUGUGUUUUAAUUGUUACAUUGUAAUACAUUUCUAUAAAAGGUGACAGCAGCAAAAA